AAGGUUAAAAUCAAUAUGAAGGAACCAAACCAGUCUGUCAUUCUGUUGCCACGUGCGUCCCUCGCUCACGUCACGUGCGUCCCUCGCUCACGUCACGUGCUCCAGCUCCUCUCUCUCUCUCUCUACACACAGACAACCACGCCUGCGCCUGCGCCUGCGCCUGCACCUCUACAUUAUCGCACCAAUCGCUGCUGGAAUCUUUUCCCCCCUUUGAAAAAUAAAUUAUCACAUCCAUCAUUUCUACGAUGUGAACAAAAACCGCGAUGCAUCGGCCCCCGAGCAGCGGACAAAGCAGCCCUCAAUCGCCGCCCUCCUCUCCCCCGCUCAGCCGCUCCCCGCGCUACCGCCCCCGCAGCUCCAAAUCCGCCCGCCCGCCGCCCAAGACGCUCGCGCAGCGCCUCCUCUGGAUCUUCCUCUUCUGCCUCCUCAAGCGCCAGGGGAUUCUCAUCUUCGCGCCUAUUCUCUACAUCGCCGUUAUGCUCUUCUACAUGGGGACUGUCUCCUUCGACGUUGUCCCGGUCAUCACUCACAGGCCUCCCCCGGGCUCCGUCUACCGCAGCCGCCAGUUAUAUCAUAUCAACUAUAUGGAAACAUUCGUAUAAAGUUGGUGAAUGGAGACCAUGUAUCAACAAGUCGUCUGAAGGCUUACCCGAGUCAAAUGGAUUUAUAUUUGUUGAGGCCAAUGGUGGUCUAAAUCAACAGAGAACAUCGAUAUGCAAUGCUGUUGCUGUGGCUGGCUACCUUAACGCAACUCUUGUGAUUCCAAACUUUCAUUAUCACAGUAUCUGGAGGGAUCCGAGUAAAUUUGGUGACAUAUAUGAUGAAGAAUUCUUCAUUAAAACCCUUGAAAAUGAUGUUCGGAUAGUUGGAACAAUUCCGGGGAACAUAAUGGAGCGAUUUGACCAUAACAUGAGCAACGUGUACAACUUCAAGAUAAAAGCCUGGUCGCCUAUCAAAUACUAUACAGAUAUAGUUCUUCCAAAGCUACUUGAAGAAACGAUUAUAAGGAUUUCUCCUUUUGCAAAUCGAUUGUCAUUUGAUGCUCCACCAGCUGUACAACGACUCAGAUGUUUGGCAAAUUAUGAAGCUCUAAGGUUUUCAGACCCAAUAUCAAGUUUGGGUCAAACUUUGGUUACAAGGAUGAAAAGGCUAAGUGUAAAUAAUGGUGGCAAAUAUAUCUCUGUGCAUCUUCGCUUUGAGGAGGACAUGGUUGCAUUUUCUUGUUGUGUAUAUGAUGGUGGAGACCAAGAAAAACUAGACAUGGAUGCUGCUAGGGAAAGAGGUUGGAAGGGAAAAUUUACUAAACGUGGCAAAGUCAUUCGGCCUGGAGCCAUCAGAUUAAAUGGGAAAUGUCCAUUAACACCUUUAGAGGUAGGUUUGAUGCUCAGGGGAAUGGGCUUUCACAAAAGUACAUCAAUCUAUUUGGCAUCUGGAAAGAUAUAUGAUUCUGAGAGGUACAUGGCCCCUUUAUUGGAAAUGUUUCCAUUACUACAAACAAAAGAAAUGCUGGCAUCUGCCGAGGAACUAGCUCCAUUCCAGAAUUACUCAUCCAGAUUGGCUGCUAUAGACUACACUGUUUGUCUUCAUAGUGAAGUCUUUGUAACAACUCAAGGAGGAAAUUUCCCUCAGUUUCUUUUGGGGCACAGAAGAUAUUUGUAUGGUGGUCACUCCAGGACAAUAAGGCCUGACAAGCGGAAGUUAGCACUAUUAUUUGAUAAUCUAAAUAACGGGUGGAAAAGCUUCAAGCGUCAAAUGCUAAACAUUCGAAGUCAUAGUGACUCGAAAGGUAUUGAGCUCAAGAGGCCGAAUGACUCGAUAUAUUCAGUUCCAUGUCCAGAUUGCAUGUGCAGAGUGAACAAGACCGAGGAUUCAAGAUCAUCAUCAUCUCCAACGUAAGGGGUCCUUCUGCUAACCAAAUAUCUCGAUACUGAUUCUUUGAUUCCCCCCCCCCCCCCGGGAGAGGGCGCAACUCUGCUUGUCCAGAUUGUGGAUAGUGAUUUGUAGGAAGCAUAUGAUCGUUAGCCCGGGUAUUCAUCUGCAUAUUUUGUGCAAGAUGCUAAGAGUAGGUAUAACCCCAACCCUAUAACUUACUGGAACAGCACACGAAAAGUCGCCCUGCGUCAAAUUUUCGUCUUAGCUACUGCAUCAUCUGACUCAUUGUGAAUCAAUCGACUCAAGAAGCUCCAGCAAAAGAUUGUUUGUAGAAGAAGCUUGGACGAACAUGUCCAUGUCUGUACUGUACAUUAGUGAUUUCAAGUGUACAACACCCUAGAGCAGGAUCAAUUCAUUCAAAUUGUUCCAAAUUGUAAAAUAUAUUUCAUUUCAUCCAUCCCCUUGACAUAUAUUCUUCUCCAUGUAUCAAUGCAGGGGAGAAAAAAAGAAAGAAUAGUAAAAACAAAACAGAUGAUUUGCAAGUGUUGUAAGAAAACAGAUCAAAUGUUGUGCAGUGUUCUUGAUACUGUUGUCCAGUGUCUGGUUUCAGUUAA